AUGCCUUAUAUCAAGGAAGUUGCUUAUGAUGAAAGCCUUCUAUUAUGGCAUAUUGCUACUGAACUCUGCUACCAAAAAGAUAAAGAUUUUCCAAAUAGCAAAGAUGAUAAGGAGUUGAGUAAACUCGUCUCAUAUUACACGUUAUAUAUUUUAUAUAUCAGCAACCAGGCCUGGAAAAAAAUUCUUGAGAUAGAUACAGGUGUAAGACCUGUUCUUGUGAAGGAAGAUCGAUAUAAGUCUGUACUUUUUGAUGCAUGCAUGUUGGCAAAAGAGCUUGAUAAAUUAAAGACAGAACUGAAAUGGAAGGUGACGAGUAAAGUAUGGGUGGAAUUGUUAUCAUAUGCUGCAAGUCGUAGCAGAGCAAAUUCUCACAUCCAACAACUAAGUAAAGGUGGCGAGCUUCUUACUUUUGUUUGGCUAUUGAUGGCCCAGUUGGGCUUGAGAGAGACUUGGGCUGAGUCCCGUACCAGAGGAAAGCUGAUUAUUGGUAAAUGA